AUGGCCCUGCCCUUGGUCUGCCUGGUGAGCCUGCUGAUGCUCAGCUGCAGGGCAACCUGCUCCCUGGGCUGUGAGCUGCCUCCCACCCACAGCCUGGGGAACAAAAGAGCCUUGCUCCUCCUGGGACAGAUGAGGAGAACCUCACUGUUCUCCUGCCUGAGGGACAGAAAGGACUUUGGAUUCCCCCAGGAGGCCUUUGAUGCAGAGCAGGUCCAGAAGGCUGAAGCCAUCGCUGUGCUCCAUGAGAUGACCCGGCAGAUCUACAGCCUCUUCAGCACAAAGAGCUGGCCUGCCCCUUGGGAGAAGAGCCUUGUGGCCACACUGUGCACUGGCCUCUCUGCCCAGCUGCAUGAGCUGAGAGCCUGUGUGGCCCGGGAGGAGGGAGAGGAAGCGCAUGCCAUGGUGCUUGAGGACUCCACGCUGGCUGUGAGGAGACACUUCCACAGGAUCUCUCUCUACCUGCAGGAGAAGAAGUUCAGCUCUUGUGCCUGGGAGGUUGUCAGGGCAGAAAUCAUGAGAUACUUCUCUUCAUCAGCAAAUCUUCUAGAAAGCAUAAAGAGUGAAGAAUGA